AUGAUAAAAAGAACUAAAAAUUUUGGUGUAAUAGCUGCCAUUUUGUUGCUCUUAUGAGCUCCUAUACUGGCGCAGAUAGAUGGGAACCUUGACUUGAGGGAGAGAUGAGAGCGUUACGGAUUUGGGUACGAAGAAUAUCAGGUUACUACUGAAGAUGGGUAUAUUAAUACACUGAUGAGAAUUCCAUAUGCUCCAGAUAACCAAGACGUUCCAAACAAACCACCUGUGUAUUUGAUUCCAGAUGUUGUACUCACAGCUGAGAUGUUCACUCAUCUUGGAUCUGAGAAUUCCCCUGCAUUUAACUUAGCAAGCCAAGGGUUUGAUGUAUGGCUCUCAAAUCCUAGAGGAAGUCGACAUAGUCAAGAUCAUGUCGAGCUCGAUUCAGAUGACACACAUUCAGGUUAUUGGGACUAUGACUUAGUGUCUUACAGACAAGAUUAUAUGGCAGAUAUCACCACCAUCAAGGACUCUACUGGAUAUGGUACCGUUGGUGUCUUUGCAUUCUAUAAUGGAGCUAUAUCAUUAGCCUAUGCAAUGGCUAUUGAGCCUGAAUAUUUUAGUAACAAUGUGAAUGUAGCUGCUCUCUCAGCUUUCGCACCGACAUACGCCCAUUCUAGUGCACCAGCCUUUGCUUAUGCAAGCUAUACAACUGUUAUCAAUCAUAUGUUCGAAACAAUGGGAAUAAAUGUUAUUAAUCUAGAUCCGCUAACUUUAAUACACUCGACUUUAUGUGUGAACUUCCCAAUAUUGUGCAAUGCAUUAUAUGGGUUUUAUAACGGAGAGACUAAUCCUUUCACCGAAGACGUCGAAGGACUUCGCAACAGGUACCUUCUACAGUACGAUAUGUUCCCAACAAGGCUGAAUAGUCAUAUGACCCAGAGUGCUGCUACAGGAGAAGUAACUUACUACGAUUUCGGUCCUGAGGAGAACCUUGAGAGGUAUGGUUCACAAAACCCUCCUCCAAUUCCAUAUGAGAAUACUAAUAAUCCAGUCGCCAUGUUUAUGGCUUCUCAAGAUCUAUCUUACAAUCAUGAAGAUGAUCAAUGGUAUGCUGAUUUAAUAGGUGACAAUCUGGUGUUUUACCAAUAUUAUGAUUUCUCCCACUACGGAUUUAUUGUUGGCAAUACACAACUCUACCUCCCUGACCUAAUCGAUGUAUUUACCGAAUAUGCAGAACAAAGAGACAGCUAAAUACUGAAGGCACCAAAAUAUGGAC